UUCCCGACACGGAAAGGGAAAAUCAUCGAUGAAAGUCUUCGACUCAGUUUCAUAUUCUAUCUCUUUUGUGAAAUCUCUCUAUCAGGAUUCCCAAUUCCGGCAAACUACUAACCCUAAUUUCAUCCUCCGGGAAACCCUAUUCACAUAGCUGGACUGGGUUUUUCUAAUUCGCCAGAGAGGGUUUCAACCGACGGUGAUCAUGGUGUUUCCGUGGAACAUUGCUAAAUCGGCGGAGGCAGUGUUCUCGAGAUGGGCGGUGAAAAGGGUUUGCAAGUUUUUGCUGAAGAAAAAAUUGGGGAAGUUUAUACUGGGUGAUAUCGACCUUGACCAGCUCGAUGUUCAGCUCAGGGAUGGAACAAUUCAGCUCUUCGAUCUCGCUAUCAACGUUGAUUAUCUGAAUGAGAAGUUCGAUGCCCCACUGCUCAUAAAGGAAGGUUCAAUUGGGUCUCUACUAGUUAAAAUGCCUUGGAAGAGUAAAGGUUGUCAAGUUGAGGUGGAUGAACUUGAGCUUGUUCUGGCGCCCCGUUUGGAGAGUAAUGCAUCAUCAUCUGUAAAUGAAGCUAGCACCUCCACUUCUACCACAGUAGCUUCACAUAGCAUACGCCUUGAGCUAAGAAAGCACGAGAAUGAAUUUUCGGGGAAUACUGUUAAAUCUGCAUCUAUUGAUGUUCACGAAGGCGUUAAGAUGAUUGCAAAGAUAGUAAAAUGGUUUCUUACGAGCUUUCAUGUAAGAAUCAAAAAGCUGAUAAUUGCAUUUGAUCCUUGUUUUCCCAAAGAACAGAACAAGGCAGGUCCACGCCCAGAGUUGGUGUUUAGAAUGUCGGAGAUAGAAUGUGGAAUAUGUGCUUCGGAGGAUCAUGUUUCUACUAAUGGAGUUGGUGGUGAUAAUUUCCUUGAUAUAAGUCGACUUACAAACUGUGUCAAGUUCCAAGGGGCUGUUCUUGAACUUCUACAAAUGGAUGUUGAUAAUGAUGAUAAAACUUGUGGCAUGAAAACAUCAAAUGUUGUGACUUCGAUCAUGACAGGCAAAGGAGGUGGCUUUUCAGGGUGUUUGAAUUUGAGUAUACCUUGGAGACAUGGUUCCUUGGAUAUUCGUAAGGUGGAUGCUGAUCUAUGUAUUGAUCCUGUUGAAGUACGGUUUCAGCCGGCCACGAUUAAAUGGUUCUUAUGGUCAUGGGAAAGCUUCAUGAGUUUGGACUUGGACUGUUGUCUCUCAGUUUCUCAAUUUAAUUCAUCAGGAGAUUCACCUUCAAUGCCAACCAAUAAACCGGUAUCCUCAUCAGGUGGCCAAGCUUUUGGGGAUAAAACUACAGUGUCAGGGUUACAGUUCAUACCAGAUUGGUUUCUAUCUACUGUUAGUGAGAAAGAAGACGAUGGAGAAGUAGAUCUUGGAGCAAGUGUGGACCAGUUCUUUGAAUGUUUUGAUGUAAUGAGGAGUUACCAUUCAGCUUUUGGAAGCCACGGAAUGUGGAAUUGGACAUCUUCUGUUUUCACAGCAAUCAGCGCUGCGUCUAGCCUUGCUUCGGGGUCUCUUUAUCUUCCUUCUGAACAGCAGCAUGUUGAAACCAGCUUUAAAGUCUCCUUUGUUGGAAUUUCCAUGGUGCUGUUUUUCCAAGAUGAAGACAGCUGGAAGGAAGAUUGCGCGGAUGUCCAUUACGUGGGCGCAGAAUGCAGGGAUAUUUCUGCCUCUGUUCAGGUAUGUCCUCAUGAUAUGAGGUUACAAGGAGGAGUGAGCAGCAUUGAGAUCGCCGACUAUUGCCAUGCAGGAAAUACCCGUGAUACGGCUAAUAUUGAAUACAGAACAAGUUUGAUAAAAAAUUUACAAGCUGAGGUUCAGAGUACUCUUCCUUCAUUUGCCUCAUCUGAUGGAAAUGCUGCCUCAAAUAAUUUAAGUGAGAUAGUUUCUGAUGGGUUCCUGUCUCGUAACAAAGGUUUUGCUGUCAAGACACUAUUGGUUAAAGCUGCAGGGGGUGAUGGGCUUCGGUUUAAUUUCAACUCUCAAUCAUCAGAUGGAACCUCGGGAGGACCAAAAUCAUUUUCCUUGACUUUACCAUCCACAACAUUAUGGUUGAACCUUCAUUCAGUAAAAAUGUUGGCAGAUCUUUUGAAUGAUGUGGCAGAAUCUAGUCCCGAAAUUAGUCACAAACGGAAUCAGUUAUGCAAUGGGAAUGAUGGAUCUUCCUUUACGUGCAUUAAAGCCUCUUCCAAAUCUGAAAGGUUACGAGGUAAUGUGUCGAUCGUGAAUGUUCGAGUGAUGCUGUGCUUCCCUUUCGAGAGCCAUUCUGGAAAGGUAUGCAGCUCUUUCUGGGAAGAAUUUGUUGUUCUCGACUUAUCUUCGUCAUUUGCUUCUCAUAAAAACAAAAUUGAAGAUGGAAGUCCAGAAGGAAUGUAUUUUAACUCAGCUGCUCGUUCCAUAUGCAUUAGUGUUGGUGAUGCUAGCAUUUACUUGGUCACUUCGGACCUUAAAGAUGCUGAAACCAAUUCAUGCAGCAUGCCAAGAACAUUCUCAGCGUAUAGGAUUCUGGAUACCUGCAAUAGAACUAGUAACCAACUUUCUACCAUUAGUAUGUAUUGGCAAGAUAGUCCUGUUGCUGGACCUUGGUUAGUGAAGAGAGCUAAGAUCUUGGCUACUCAGGAGGAAUCCAUGCAAACGAAUAAAUCUGGGGGAAACGGCCUCGAGUUUGCUGCUGUUACUUCUGCAAAAGAUCAGGAAGACAUUUAUUCUCAAACCAGAAAAGAAAUCGCUCUGGCUUCUUCAUUCUGUCUCUACGUUCAUUUGUUUCCUCUUACUAUCCAUUUAGACAGUUUGCAAUACAGCAGCUUAUGUAGUGUCCUAGACCAGAUAAAGGUUUGUCAAUCCAGUAUGGCAGGCAACACGACUACUAAGACAGAGGAAUCUGCUGUGCCGCAAACAUCUCUUAUUGUGGAGUGUGAUUCCCUUGAGAUUUUGGUCAUGCCGGAAGCAAAGAAGGACAUAAAAAAACAGCUUCAGAGUGAGAUUCCUGGGUCAUGGGUUCAGUUAAAACUGAGGGUCCAGAAGUUUAAUCUUAUGUCUGUCUCAAAUCUCAGCACUACUUGUGGUGCUGAUUUCUUUUGGUUAGCCCAUGGGGAAGGCAAGUUAUGGGGUUCUGUCACAGAUCGGCCUUGUCAAGACCUUCUUCUGAUUUCGUGUAGCAACUCUGCAAUCAAACGUGGUAAUGGUGGAGGUUCAAAUGCCUUGUCAUCUAGGUUGGCUGGCCUGGAUAUUGUACAUUUGCGGGACCCAAAAAUCUGCCAUGAUUAUUUGUCUGUAUCUAUGAGGUGCAGUACAAUUGUAGCCGCAGGUGGACGUCUGGAUUGGAUAGAAGUGGCCUCUUCCUUUUUCAUCUUGCCUUCUGUAGAAACAGAACAAGUUGUUGACAGGGAUUCACUAGGAAUGAAUUCUAGUUCAUCUAGUAGCUCCUCGUUUAUGCUUAGUCUGGUCGAUGUUGGUUUGAGCUAUGAGCCCCACUUUGAGGAUCUGGAUGCUUUACAUCAAUCAAGUGACACAUGGAUUGCGUGUCUGCUUGCUGCAUCUUCUCUUAGCCUCUCAAAUACUAGCCUGGUCAAUUCCAAAAAAAAUGAUUAUAGAAUUAGGGUUCAAGAUCUUGGGCUUCUUCUGUCUGUGGUUUCAGACCCUGACAGGCUUGUUGGAAUUUACAGUGCACAGUAUCUUCAUGAGACUGGCUAUGUUAAAGUUGCUCAGGAGGCUCUCAUCGAAGCUAUUCUGAGAAGUAACUCUGAAAAUGACCUCCUCUGGGAGUUGGAAUGUUCCAAGUCUCAUUUGUUGAUCGAAACCUGCAGUGACACAACAUCUGGUCUGAUUCGGUUGGCUACUCAACUCCAGCAGUUACUUGCUCCUGAUUUGGAGGAAUCAGCUGCACACUUGCAGACUCGAUGGGACAACAUCCAGCAGGCACAUGCUAAGAGUGGUUUUGAUUCUAGAGAUCAUAUCUGUAGCUUUGCGUCAAGUUCCGAAAUUCAAAAUUCAAGUUUACAUGUAGCGACUGAAUCUAGCGUCACAGGUUUGAUGGAUGAAAUCAAUGAAGAUGCUUUCGCCUUUGAUGCAAAUUCUACCAGUAUGUGUGACUCUUUGGGAUAUCAAAAUAAUUCCAUGUCGUCUGAUGAAAGCUGUCAGGGGAAGGCAUUAAUACUUGAAACUUCUCAAACACUCUCUGACCCAUUUAUUUGUGGGUCAUCGUCUGGAAUAAAACCAGAAAGCAACCAAAAAUUUCUUGAAAGAGAUAGCUUGCCUGAACUUAUUGAGAACUACUGUUUGUCCGAGUUCCAUCCAUUGUCAGAGCUUCCUCAAGAAGGGGAUUCAUCGGGGGUACAAUUGGUUCUUGAGGCAGAUUUCAAGAGAGGAAACUCUGGGUGGUAUGAUGACACGUCUUUAAGAAUCUUGGAAGAUCAUGUUUCCAAAGCAACUGAAGAAGAUUGUGAGGAACAUAUUCUGGAUGGAAAUUCUUCUCUUUUUGAGUCAACAUCAUGUUCUGAGGGAAGUGCCAUUGGACGUGUCCUUCUGACAAACAUCAACCUCAAAUGGAGAAUGUACUCUGGCAUUGAUUGGCAUGAUUCUAGGAAGAAAGGUGAGACGUAUAGAAAUGUGAAGGGCAGGGAUACAACUGCUUGUCUUGAGCUUGAAUUAUCUGGGAUGCAAUUCCUAUAUGAAAUCUUUCCAGCUGGCAAAAUAUGUACAUCUGAACUCUCUCUCGUUCUCCAAGAUUUUUAUCUUUAUGAUAGAAGCAAAGCUGCACCUUGGGCAUUGGUCUUUGGAUACUACAACUCAAAAGAUCACCCAAGAGAAACCUCUUCAAAGGUAUUCAAGCUAGACUUAAAAGCUGUCAGACCUGACCCUCAAACCCCCCUUGAGGAAUACAGGUUGCGUGCUGCCUUCCUCCCUUUGCUGUUGCAUCUUCAUCAAAGUCAAGUGGAUUUCCUCAUCAGCUUCUUCGGUGCAAACAGCACAGAAAAGCCAGUAGGUUCUGUUGAUGAUUCAGGUGCUUUCACUUCGUCUGUUGUAAGAAGUGAUUCUAUUAGAGGACAUAAUAUUAUAGAAGAAGCUCUUCUUCCAUACUUCCAGAAAUUUGACGUAUGGCCAGUUACGGUUCGGGUUGACUACAGUCCUCAUCAUGUUGAUUUAGCAGCAUUGACAGGAGGAAAAUAUGCAGAGCUUGUAAACCUUGUUCCCUGGAAGGGAAUUGAACUUAAGCUCAAACAUGUACAUGCCGCUGGAAUCUAUGGUUGGGGCAAUGUAUGCGAGACUAUUCUUGGGGAAUGGUUAGAAGAUAUAUCACAAAAUCAGGUUCAUAAAUUACUGAAGGGGAUACCAACAGUUAGAUCACUUUCUGCUCUAUAUGCUGCUGUUGCCAAGCUAGUCUCUUCACCGGUCGAAAGUUACAGAAAAGAUCAGAGGCUUGUAAAGGGAGUGCAAAGAGGUACUAUUGCAUUCCUCAGAAGCAUAUCACUUGAAGCUGUUGGACUUGGGGUUCACUUGGCAGCAGGGGCUCAUGAUAUCUUGCUGAGAGCAGAGUACGUCCUUGCUAGUGCCCCAUCACCCCCACAGACACAAGGCAAGACAAAAGCAAAUGUCAGACAUAAUCAGCCUAGAAAUGCCCGGCAAGGCAUGCUUCAGGCUUGUGAGAGUAUAAGUGAUGGCCUGGGGAAAUCUGCUUCUGCUUUGGUCCGUAGACCUCUUAAGAAAUAUCAACGUGGAGAUGGUGCGGCUUCAGCUUUGGCAACAGCUGUUCAGGGAGUUCCAACAGCUGCUUUAGCUCCCGCUUCAGCUUGCGCAAGGGCUGUCCAUAGUGCUCUUGUUGGCGUCAGAAAUAGUCUUGAUCCUGAACAUAAAAAGGAGUCCAUGGAAAAGUAUUUAGGCCCAGAUAAGCGAAGGAAUCAAGACUAACACGGACAACGCUAGGUGAAUAGGUGAAUAGGGCGAUUGGAUUACAUUCUUUCCCCGUCUUGAGAAAAGCCAGAGAUGGGUAAAUUUUGUACAAAAUCCAAAAAACAAUACACAUAUAUAAAAAUACGGAUCAUAGAGAGUAGUGUGGUUCUGUGGAUAUGAUAUUGAUCUUUAUGACUCGAUUGUAUAUUUAAUCCAUCUCGUUUGCAGAAUGAGCGAAUUGUACAGUUUGUCUCUUUUAUUCUUUUUGAAUAAGAGGAAAUGUAAAAAGGUUUUGCCCACGAAA